UUCCGUUUUCAGUCUUCAAGAUGAAUAAGUCGGGCGUCUAUGCAAUACUCGCACCUGUGCACACCGACGGUCCCUCGAUAGGUCUGACUAGGGGAUAUUGUUCGGUACUCUAUCCCAGUCCGGGCGCCUCGGCCAUACUCAACACCAUCAACCUCCAGUAAAAUGUCUCAGCUCAUCCCAAGCACCACACCUCUUCGAACGUAUAAAGAUCAUACAGAUGCCAUACGCGCUGUAGCAGUUUUCCCGGAUGGCCGACGUAUGGUCACAGGUUCAUAUGACAAGACGGUUUGUCUGUGGGACUUGAGAACAGGUGCUAUGUUGAAGAAGAUGGAGGGACAUCGUGAUAGGGUGGCGACAUUGGCAGUAUCACGACAUGGGCGAUUAAUAGCAAGUGGUGAUCGGAAAGGAACAUUCAUCAUUUGGCACGGGGAAACUGGCGAACUUCUUACACAAUUCACACAAGCUCAUUCUAAUCGGAUCUACACAUUGGAAUUUUCUCCCGAUGGAACAGUACUGGCCAGUGGUUCAGAAGACACCACGACCAAGCUAUGGUGCAAGAUGACAUGGCAGCUACAAGGAAACCCAAUAGAGUGUAGAAAUUGCGUCCGUCGCGUUCAUAUUCGCCGUCCGGCGAGUUUCUUGCUAUUGCAACAUACAACGACAUUCAAAUCUAUACGUCAAAUACGAGGGAACGCGUAGCACACUUCAAGGGCCAGAUUUCAUAUAACUUCACACUCCUGUGGACGCCUGAUAGCACACGCCUUCUCACAGCAGGAGAUGCAAAUGAUCCGACCAUACGGGAGUGGGAUACAAUAACUCGGAAGCAGGUCGGUGAUCCUUGGAUGGGACACAAAUCAGGCAUUUCCUCCAUUGCCAUCCAUCCCUCGGGCACACUCGUCGCUUCUGCAUCAUAUGGUGGGCGUGUUCGUCUCUGGCGACUCUCAGAUCGACGGGUCAUUGCCAUCUUCCAGCACUCAAGCUGGGUAGGAUGCAUCACUUUCUCCGUGGAUGGCAAGCACGUCCUC